AACAGGAUAAUGGGUGUCACUGGGAACAAGAUUGUAUUUAUUGAAGAUGCGGACAACAGCGAUUCCGUUCUAGAGCAUCACGGCAUCGACAAAUCCACUGUACGACAUCUCAAAAACGGGCAGUUCUUUACCCCAGGAUUUAUAGACACCCACACGCAUGCGCCACAGUAUGCCAUGCUCGGUACAGCGUUGGACAAAGAGCUUUGUGAUUGGUUGUCCUGGUACACAUUUCCGACAGAGGCGAAGUUUGCUGAUCCAGAGUUUGCUGCACACAUCUACAACAAAGCCGUGGGACGACUCCUAAAUAACGGGACGACAACAGUCAGUUACUUUGGGACAACUCACCUGAAAGCCUGUCAGAUUCUGUGUGACAUUAUCGAAUCCAAAGGUCAAAGAGCGUAUGUAGGAAAGGUAAACAUGGACACGAACUGUCCCGAGUACUACCGAGAGUUGACGGAAAAUUCUGUAGAGGACACGAAAAGAUUCAUCGACAGCGUUCUGGAUAGGAAGAACCCGUUAUUAACGCCAGUGAUCACACCACGAUUUGCCGGGACCUGCUCGAGAGAACUCUUACAAAAACUCGGCCAGCUGGCUCAAGAAACGCAGCUUCCUAUACAGACUCACAUAAGCGAGUGCACCACGGAAUGUGCCUGGGUCAAAGAUCUGUUUCCAGAGACACAAAACUACGCAGACGUGUAUGACAAACACAACCUGUUAACCCCAAAGACAAUUCUGGCACAUGGUGUUUAUCUCACAGAGGCCGAACUUAACCUCAUCAAAAAGCGGAAAUGUGCUCUUUCGCAUUGCGCAAACUCAAACGCGUCGAUACGAAGCGGAAUCCUUGACGUCCGGGAGCUAUUGAACAGAGGAAUUAAAGUCGGCCUUGGAACAGACAUGUCCGCAGGUUACAGCCCGUCCGUCCUCGACGCCAUGAGGUCUUCACUUUUGGUGUCUAAUGUCCUGACGGUCCGUCAGCCCCAGGGCUACCAGUGGCUUCCCUACAAAGAGGCCUUUAAACUCUCAACACUGGGGGGUGCUACAGCCAUGGGCCUAGAUGACGUAAUUGGAAACUUCCAAGUGGGAAAAGACUUUGACGCCUUGCUGAUAGACUGUGACGUCACACACAGUCCAUUUGACACUUAUCCCUGGGACACCAUGGAGGACCUCGUACAAAAGUUCAUAUACCAAGGGGAUGACAGAAAUAUAACGGAAGUGUACGUGUCAGGUAGGCGAGUGAAAUGAGGGAAGAUAGGUUUCAACUGAUGAAUUGCGACACGGACAAUGUGUUAGGUACAUAUUAAAACAACUGUUAGGAAACUCAUGUUCCCAUGCGAAAUACCCCCCAGAUAUAUUUGCAAUUUUCAGGUGCAACAAUCACCCUCGGGUUAUUUGGGAGAAAAUUUAUUUAUCUGACUGUUCUUCACCCCAAACUCAAGAAUUCUUCACCUAUAUACGACGGCGGUCAGUAAACCACCGAUAUGUAGAUACUGUGACGCAUGGAUUUGCAAAUCCUAUUGGGGGAAGACCAGUGGUCUCCAACGAACGUUUGUAAUAGACUGUGCAGACGUCCACAUGAACAUCUUCGACCGUUUUUUGUCACCAGUUAAGCGCUUUUGUAUCUGGACGUCCUGUACACA